AUGCCAAGGAAACCAACAAACACAUUAAUCAUUACCAAUAUUGAUGAUUCAUUAUUAUCUAACCCUGAACCAAUAAUUUCAUUAUUAGGUGAUCAACCAUAUAUGAUUGAAUUAAUUGUUUUAAUGAAAUUUAAACGAAUUUUAUUAUAUUGUCAAACCUCGAAAAUCGCCACGAAAACAAAAACAUUUUUAUUGAAUCAAUGGGAAACAACAACUAUAGGAGGUGGCGGCGGUGGUGGUGGUGGCGGUGGAAGUGGUGGUGGCAAUUCUAUAUCAAUUAGUUAUAGUCUAAAAGAUAAUAGCAGAAUAUUAGACCCCGAAGAGGAGGAUGAGGAGGAUGGAAAAGAUGGAGGUGGAAAAGGUGGGAGAUUUCUUGAUAUACCGAAAGAUCUUGAAAUUAAACGAUUUUUAAUAUCACCACCAGCAUCACCACAUAGUGAAUGGGAUGAUUGGGAUAAAGUUGAAGAAGGACCAAAUGAAACAAAUAUUCAUGAUUAUUUAUGGGAAAAAUUGAAAACUCAUGAAAAUGAGGAAAAAGAGAAGGAUAGUGGUAUUAGUGAAGAUGAUGAUGGAUGUGAAAGUAUUAAAAAGGUGGAACUUCCGAAAAUUGUUCUUAAUGCAACUGAUAAUUAA